AUGGCCGCGAUAUCUUUAGGGUUUAUAGUUUUAGUAACACCAUGGACAAUCCAAGAGGUUGUGGUGGCUUGCACUGGCACAAGAGCACCCCCAACCCUCGACUUCUUAGUCACCUGGUUAUCCAUGAGCCACACCUUCUGGAACCCCUUCCUCUAUUGGUUGCUCAACAAUCAAUUCCGAAGAAUUUGUAGGGAGUUAUUUUUUACUCGGAUUUUUUGCAGAACCAUGAGCAAGAAGAAGAGUAUUCAGCACAGUUGUUGCAACAAUAGUCCUGUGAUAAUUCGUCACAAGGAGGGUUGCGAUUUUCAAGGACUCUCCGAGAAAUAUUGGGGAGAAAUCCUUGAUCGGACAUUGUCCAGUAAUUCUUUGCAAAAUCUACAUCGCAGUUUUUCGCACCCGCACGUGAACUGUUACACACCCACGGCUCAUGACCUUUGCAUCCUAGAUUUAGGGGUGCCGGCGUUAUGA